AUGCUAAUUGGGGGCCGGCAAGACCUUCUCGAGGACAUGUCCCUAGAGGACGGCAAAGCAUAUAAUGACAAGCUCAUGCCGAUAGGUAUGGGCGCUGUAACACCAGACUCCUCCAUUCCCGUAGAAUGGAUGUUCCACGAAAUCUGGGAGGGCAUGCGUUCACGGGAAACUAUGCUCGCUAACAGUGUUCUCGAGCCAUGUUUCGUCUUCAUGAGGGCGCAGACUGACAAGUCACGCCAGACUAUCAACGAGCUGGGCGAUUACAUGAUCUACCGAGAGCGCGACGUGGGUAGUGCUCUUCUCUCCUCGCUGAUGCGCUUCGCUAUGGACCUGUGCCUCUCGCCCGACGAGCUUGAAGCUGUACAGCCGGCGGAGAAACACUGUGCGAAGCAUAUUGCCAUUGUCAACGACAUCUACAGCUGGGAGAAGGAGCUUGCGCAGUCGCGAAAAUCCUCAGAAGAAGGCUCUGUCCUGUGCUCUGCCGUCAAAGUCAUGGCGGAUAACGCAGGCCUGAGCAUUGAUCCCGCAAGACGGGUGUUGUGGAGUAUGGUGCGUGAGUGGGAAGCUAAACAUGAAUUGCUGUGUGCGAUGCUGUAUACGAAGGAUUCUACUGAUGCGAAGGGUCUGUAUUUGAAGGGGUUGCAGUAUCAAAUGAGCGGGAAUGAGCUGUGGAGUAGGACAACACCGAGGUACCUGAUGGUAGACUAG